UUGCAGAGACAGGAUUCUUGAUGGAAGAAAACAGGCUGAGCGGAUCGCAUAUCUCGCUAACGAUGAUGAACGUGUCACCGAGAGACAAAUUUCCAGAGACGUGGCUGUGGGAGUUGGUCGUGCUGCCGUCAAGCGGGGUCGCCGAGAGGAACCUUCACCUCCCGGACACAAUCACCGAAUGGGUUGGGAAGGUGUGGUGCGCCCAUCCCCAGAAAGGCUUGGGGCUCUCAGAACGGGCGUCCAUCACAACCUUCACUCCUUUCUUCCUUGAUUUGACCCUCCCUCCAUCUGUCAAGCGCGGGGAAGUAUUUCCUGUCAAGAUCUCCAUUUUUAACUACCUUAACCAGUCGUUGCCGGUAACGAUUACGUUGCACGAAAGCCCCGAGUAUAAAAUCAUAGAAGAAUCGUCUGAAGAACAACCCAACAAUCAGAGGAGGUCGUGUCUCGCAGGGAAAGAUAAAGAAGUUCACAUAAUCAAGAUUGCAGCGCUGGAACUAGGAGAAGUCAACCUCACUUUGUCGGCUUCUGUGGACAGCUCGUACCCCGGGUUAUGCGCCCCCGUAGAUGGGAUUGAGAAGAGCGACGCCUUGAUCAAGCCAAUAAAGGUUGAGGCUGAAGGUUUCCCACAAGAGGAGACUUGGAGUAAAUAUAUUUGUGCCGAAGACUUCAGUGAUGGCGAGGGCGCGCUGGAGACGUGGCAGCUGAAGAGACGCCCAAACGUCGUCCCAGAUUCGGACCGCGGUUGGGUCACUGCGGGCGGUGACCUGCUAGCUCUCUCCCUUGAGAAUCUAGGUUCUCUCAUCCGUAUGCCUUAUGGUUGUGGGGAACAGAACAUGGUCAACUUCGCCCCAAAUAUCUUCAUACUUCAGUAUCUUAAAGGUACCAACCAAGACACACCAAAAAGCACUGAGAGACUCCUAAAGUAUAUGAAGACAGGUUACCAGAGGGAGCUCCUGUACCGCCAUUAUAACGGAUCCUUCAGUGCCUUUGGAACAGCCGAUGACUCUGGUUCCACUUGGCUGACUGCUUUUGUUCUCAAGUCAUUCGCUGAAGCAGAGGAUUUCAUCUACGUGGACGAGACCAGUUUGAAUGUCACUAGAACAUGGUUAAGUUCAACUAAAUCUGACCAGGAUGGCUGUGUGGUUCCUGUUGGGAAAGUAUUCAGUAAAGCUAUGAAGGGCGGUUUGGCUGGGAAACAAUCUCGUGUGCCAAUGACAGCGUAUGUACUCAUCUCCCUUUUAGAGUCUGGAAUUUCUACUGACGCUCCAUUUGUCGUAAAUAGUAUCAAGUGCAUCCUGUCUGACUCCUCUAAUGACCCAUACGGCCUGGCUCUCAAGGCCUACGCUCUGGCCCUUGCCCAGCAUACUAGUUCCAAACAAGUUUUACAGGAACUAAUCGAUUCGGCAACUAUUGAGGAAAACCUCAUGCACUGGGAUCUGCCAAAAGGUAGGAGUAACGCACUGGCCGUGGAAACUGCUGGCUAUGCCAUAUUGGCCAUGAUGGCUCACAAUCCUGAGGAGUAUACACUGCGGGCAAGAAAAGUAGUCAAGUGGAUCACCACCAAGAGGAACGGUUAUGGAGGCUUCUAUUCCACGCAGGAUACUGUAGUGGCUCUGCAGGCCUUGGCGGUCUAUGAAACACUCACACACAAGGGUCCUCUGGAUGUGACUCUUACGAUCACAGCUACGGAUUUCUCGCAGUCCAUCACCGUGAAUGAAGACAAUAAACUAUUACAGCAACUGGUGAAUCUCCCAGUUGUCCCCACGCCGGUCGACAUUACUGUAAAGGGCCAAGGGUGCACUGUAAUUCAAACGGUCCUUCGCUACAACAUCAUCAACCCCGCUCCGACGGACUCAUUCAGCGUACGAGUGUCAGCCGCCCACGAGCCGGACUCGGGCUGCAAGCGCAUGCGCCUCAACGUGUGCGCCGAGUACCUCCUCCCCGACGGCGAGUCCAACAUGGCGGUCAUCGAGGUGGGCCUUGUGUCUGGCUACAUCCCCGAGAAGAGCGACCUAAAGGCGGUCGUGUACGAAGACUCGAGCGUGAAACGCUUCGACGUCGACGGCCCCAAGGUUUCCUUCUACAUCGAGGAGUUCUCGCGCGAGGAGAUCUGCUUAUCCUUCGCCGCCAUUCGCGAGGUGGAGGUGGAGCAGACGGCGCCGGCAUCCGUUCUCGUGUACGAUUAUUACCAGCCGGAGGCGUUCGCCAUGGCGAGCUACGCACAACCGGCUGUAGAUGACUGCGGAUGACAAGAGGAACUCGCAAAUAUG